CAAAAUUUGCGUUGCCUAGAGAAUGCGCAUUCAGCUGUUUUUAUAAUUAAGAAUUUCAAUUUUGAACUUAUUUAAUAUUGUGUUUGUGAAUAUAAACUAAAUUAAAUAAAAUGUCCGGUGAAAACCCUUCGAGGAAAAUAAAGAGAUUUUCCGAAUCGGAUAGGAGUUCCGAUUUUGAUGCUGCCACUCAAAAAGCCCUAGAAGAAAUUGAUGUUUGUCAAAACGAAAUUGAUACAAUAAAUGAAAAAUCCAGUGAAGAGAUACUUAAAAUUGAACAAAAGUACAACCAACUGAGGAAGCCUUUCUAUGAAAAGAGGAAUAACUUGAUAAGCAACAUUCCUAAUUUUUGGAUUACGGCCAUAAUGAACCAUCCUGAUCUAAACGCACUAUUGGAUGACACCGAGGAAGAUUGCCUCCACCAUCUGACACGACUGGAAGUAGAGGAAUUCGAAGAUAUCAAGUCUGGCUACUGGAUCAAAUUUUAUUUUGAGGAGAAUCCAUAUUUUGAAAACUCCGUCAUUACCAAGGAAUAUCAUUUAGACUGUACUACCCCAACAUCCAAGAGCACUCAAAUAAUCUGGAAAGAGGGUUGUAAUCUGGGUCAGACCCUGGAAGCAAAUCGUUCCAGCAGAAAGCGCCGUCACGAACCAUCAAAGACGUUUUUUGGUUGGUUCAAUGAUAAUGUAGAUCCCUACACUGACGAUAUCGCUGAGGUCAUCAAGGACGAUCUCUGGCUCAAUCCCCUGCAGUAUUACUUGGUGCCUGAUGCUGAUGGCGAUGAGAACGGCGUCGAAGGUGAUGACACCAGCAGCGAAGACAAUGAGGGAUAAUUUUUCACUCAAUUAAAUCUAAGUUAACUGUUCUCUUACAAAAAAACUUAUAUAUUUAUCUUACGCGUUCAGCACUGGCGUGGAAAAAACUUUUUUGUACCCUCCAAAUAAAUAAUCAUUUUAAUAAAUAUAUAUAAUUAUAUUAAAAUAUAUGCUCGGGGCCUGCGUCACACUGUCUAAAAAGAUUAUUAAACAUUCUUGGAUCAUGUUUAUGUCUACUUAAGACGAUACCAUAUGGAAAACUUUUUUAUUAUUAGUUUUAUGCAAAAUAAGUUGUUCUUCAUAAAAAGUUCUGCUAAAAUACAAACAUUAGAUAUCAAAUUUUUUUAGUCAUGUACAAGGUUUGUCAAAAAAUAUAAAUUUUAUGCAACAGUAAAGUUUAUUUUUAACAAUAUUGAAAAUUAUUAAGAAAGUUGACCAGAAUUGAAAACUACGGUCACAUAUCCAUUUCUUGUAUUUUAUAAAUUUUAACUCGUGUUUUGACAUUUACUGUCAAAGAUUUGUCAGUGCAUCCUAAACUAAAUAUCACUUUUAUUUAUUUUAUAAAUUCCAACUAGUGUUUAAUUGUCUUUAAUUUGUUUUUCAAUGUAUUCUAGAAUAAAUAUCAAUGAGUUAGUAUCUGUUUUUUCAUGGUUGGAUAUCUGAUCGUAGUGUUUAAUUCUGAUCAAUUUUUCUUAAUAACAAUUUUCGAUAUUGUUAAAAGGUAGGUACUUUACUCUUGCAUAAAAGUCAUAUUUUUUGGCAUAUCUUGUACGUGACUGAUUUUUUUUUAUAGCUGAUGGUUGUAUUUUGGGUUUUAGACCAUGUAGAACUUUUUAUAAAGAAUAACUUUUUGAUAAAACUAAUAAUAAAAACGUUUCGUAUUUUGUGCCUACUUAAGUAGACACAUUGUUUAUACGUUUGAGACUCAAAAGUAGGAGUCUGCUGUGAGACAGACAUGGCUUACCAGGUCCGGCAAUACCCUAUCUAAACGUGACACAAGUGUGCAUCCCCCGGUGCUGAACUUGUUAAUGUUUUGUUACUGUUUUGAUUUGUUUAUUGUUUAUUUUGAAAUUAAUAAUCCUUAUUUGGAUAAACUGAUAUGCAUUUUGCACUGAAACAAUUAAUUGUUACCAGUGAUUUAUAAAUAUCUAGUGUUCUUGCAAUUGCACAUAAAGUUGGAUCUUAAAAAUCCAAUGUAGACCUCAAAUUUGGGUUUGGCAUUGUUUAUCAGUUUAUCGCAAUGAAAAAAAUUCCUGACACUUCCACACAUACAUACAUAGUUACCAUUUAAUAUUAAUUUGAGAAUCUCCAGAUGUAUACUAUCAAAUAAGUUGAAUGAGUAGGUAAUUUAAUAAUACACAAAAAUUACAUUAUUGCUUUUUUAUUUUUGUUGCAUUCACAAAAGAGAUGAAAUAUGUUCAAUAUUAUCCAAAAACAUUGUGUAACCAAAUUUAUAGUGACAAAUCUAAAGGGAAUGAUUUUGCCGGCUCAAUCUGCAAAUGUAGUAAGUCCUAAAUGGUAAAUUUUACAGGAAAUUCAAAAAGUUCCUAUACGUUGGUAUAUUAUUUUUUUUAUACCAAAACAUUCUAGAUGUUUAAACAUAUACAGUAAACCAAAUUAUGGAAAAUAAUUAACAAAAUUAGUUUAUUGCUUUUUGGAAAUUAUUUUUAAAAACUCAUUGGACUUUUAACAUUUUUGAUUUUAAAAUAGUAAUUAAAGCAUAAAAAUCAUAAUUAGCCAAAAUUAAACAACUUAAAAAGUAAAUUUUUUCACAAAUUUGCAAGAUGUGCAAGAGAACAUCUUUAUUAUUUAUAAAAAAAGUUACUAUUGUUUGAAAGGCAAAUAGUCUUAAAAUGAGUGACAUUUUUUAAAUUAGCUUUAAAACUAAAGGUCUUCAUACUUUGUUUUUGUUUAAUUAUGGACAUUUGCAUGUUAAGCUGACUAUUUGUAUUUUUGGGUAAAAUUACUCUAAAGUUAACAAAUAAAAGCUCGACCUAUCCAAAUUCUUUGUUGCAACUCUGAAGUACGCAGUAUACAUUAAAAAUCACAUAAUUAUGGUUGGUAUAAUGUAUUACCCAUUUUUACGUGAUUAUUAUUAUUUGUAGAAACAUUUGGAAGAUAUUUUUUUAUUUCUAAACUGACUACAUUUAAUUUAAUGGUUUAACAAGUAGAUUUUAUUGCUCAAUACCAUUCUGAAAAUUUACAGUGCCGUGUUACAUUAUAACAUGUUUUCUGUCGCCACUUACAAGUUUUCUCUUAAAUUUUUAUGGUUAUUUUAUUUUCUGUUCGGUACAGCUACGAAAGAGACAUUAUUUUAUUUGAUAAAAUUUUUAUAAAAGUAGUUGAAAUAUUAUAAAUUUUAUCAUAUUCCAUUAAACAAACGCAUAAACGACAGAGUUAUCAACAAUUAUUUGUUUUAAUUCAGCUCUUAGUUUUUAUGGAUUACUACUGAGCUUUUAAUUUUUUUUUUUUUUUAAUUAUAUACAGUGGUUGAUCAGAAUGGAAAUAAUUGAAUCGGUGAGUUCGAAAACCGUACAAGUCCAAAAUUUUACCUUUUCAAGUAAGAUAGCCACUUUGUUGAAAAUUUGUCUCUUCAUCGAUGGAGCUUAAAAACCGUACUAGAUACCUAUCCGUUAACGUAAUACAGCUGAUUACACCCGUGAAAUUAGGCGAAAAACCGUACAUAAUCGUGACUCGUUAAAAGGUUUUUAUUGUUUUUCUCGGAAGGUUUAUUUUGGACAUGUACGGUUUUCACCGAUUCAAUUGUGAAGUUACAGAUGUUGGUACUGGUGAUUACAGUAACUCAAGUGCUAUGAAUACCUUAUAUUUUUAAUAACUAAAUAAAUCUACCAGUUUUAUAAUAUCAAGAUUUUUCAUAUUGAAAAUACGAAAAUGUUAGUUAAAAUUAGGUGUGUACGUAUUUUUAAAUAAAUGGGUGAAAGUCA